AUGUGGAUGCAGCAGUUACUACUAAGCAAUGUGCCACUUGACGCGCAGCUAGCAGCCAUUUGGACUCAUCUGCGAGCUGAGCUAAGCUUCAGCACACUAAUUUACUUUAAGGCGGCGGCGCAUUGUGACUGUUGGCUGGGGCAAUUGCUGGCAAUGAGCAAUGCGACAGCGGCAACAUUGGUAUGGAAUAGCAGCGAGAAGGCGCCAUACUUAAAGCCUAAGCAGAAUGUAGAUAUGCUGGGGCUGAUUUGCUUGGACAGUCGAGUGUAUGAGCUGCUGCUAAAUGAACUCGCUGCCAUGCUGGAUUAUAUGAGAGAAGUGCCGCUGUUAAUACAACUGUGUGCAGUGGCGCAUAAAACGGAAGCGGAAGUGGCAAGCGCGGAGUUGCUAAUUUACACAAUUUUAGAGCGCUGCCAGCAGCUGCUAAUGCCGAAUGUUUUAGUGCUGUUCGAGGAUUUCUUUGCAACGCGAGUGCUUUAUGCAUAUCAGAAUUUUCCAACAUUUAAUUUGUUAGCGCAGACUUACAGCGCUACGCUGCAGCUUUAUCCGAACAAGCUGCUUAAUCUUUAUGGGCACAUGAUUAGAACAGCGGUGUGCUUUGAUGAGCCCUAUGCCAUGGCCUACAGGCUGCCCAAUGGCACGCAAGGCAUCACAGGCGUAGUUUGGCUGCUGUUGAUUGAAUUUGCACGCCAACUAAAUGGCACACUGCAGUUGGUCAGUCAGCCAAGCGCCAUCAAGUCAAUCAGAGGCAAUGUGCACACGCUUAUGAAAUUGAUUGCCAACAAUUCGCUGGAUAUUGCAAUAACAGUGCAGGCCACCAGCUUGGGCUUUGUGGGCAACCUUAAGCAGAUGAGCUAUCCCGCUUUGGUGGGCAGCUGGUGUAUUAUGUUGCCAGUGGAGCAUCAGCUUACCACGCGUGAGGCAAUGCUGCAUGUGAUGCAGUCCCACUGGACUUGGCUGUACUUGGCGCUGCUUUAUGCUGCGUUCUGCUGGCUGCAGCGUCAGCGUUUGCUGGUGAAGCGCAUACUGCGCUUGUUGCCCCCACUCAUGCAGCUAACUUUGCUUUGCGUGUUGGUGGCGCAGCUUGCCGCGCUGCUGGCGCGACCCGCGCAACGUGAGCGUGUGAACAGCAUCGCGGAUAUGAGCGUGUCGAUUGCUGGACUGCGCUCGGAGUUUAAUAUUUAUCCGGAUCGCUUGCGCAUUAAGUACCCCUCGUCUUUCACAUCGUUCGAGAGCAUUCAAGAGUUUAUUGCCUUGCGCAAAAGCUUAAAUACUUCAUUUGCAUACACAAUUAGUUCGCCGAAGUUUGCGCUUAUUAGCGAAAUGCAGCAGUUCUUUGAGCGCCCGCUCUUUCGCUACUCCACGGAUAUUUGCUUGAAGGAUCUGACACUGACCUCGCUGCUCAUACAGAGCAAUUACUUGAAUCGCCAUCAGCUCAACUUGUUUAUAAUUCAACUGCGUGACAGUGGGCUAACCAGAUACUGGGUACGUCUGAGCUUCUAUCAUAUGCUGCGGGAUAAGCAGCUGCAGCUAAAGGACUUCACUCCACGCUGUGCUAUGCGAUCAGUUUCCUGCAUGGACUGGAUUUAUAUUGCUUGGUUUUAUGCUUUAGCAGUUGUUGCUGCAGUGCUUGUUUUUCUAGCCGAGCUAACAGUUUACUAUUCAAAAACUCUACUCAAUCUGGUGUAA